GUACAAUCGAGAAAAAAAAACAAUAACGCAUAAAAAUUGUUAGUCAAUGUGGAAGUAAGACUUUGGGCUAACGGCACAUGAGGUUGGGCAGUUCCAAUUGACAUGGAAAGAUGCAGCAGCAUGCGCCUCAUACACUCGGGUGAAGAGCAGGACGAGGACUAUUUGCAGAGAAUAUCUGUGUGUCUUAGUAUUGACAUAUCGGAGAUGAUAGAAAAUCGUUUCAACAGCUUUGCCAACAUCUUUGGGCCACAUCGAGAACGUCGAACUCCUGGCGGAGGUCUAUUUGGAGCCAUAGAAGACAAAUACCGUAGGGGCAGUAGUUUGUCUUUUACGGUUCCAAAUAAGUUCUAUGCCAAUAAACGAAGUGGACAAGAUAAAUAUCGGAGAAAGAAAUGGCAAUAUGAUUACAAUCUGGAUUCAACUGGGCCAAAAGAAGUGUAUAAGCCCACUCGUUAUUCAAGAUAUGAUAGACAUAUGAAUGUGUUGCCGCCCAGGCCUAACCUCGUGGACUGUUACGAAUGCCCAAACCAAGUGAACUUCGAUCCUUAUGAAGAACAUUACAAACAUCCAAGUUAUAAGGAACGCCACGCGAACCCACAUCGAAAUCAGAAUAGGAAAAAGGUAAUUCCAGAGGUGGUUGAAGAACCAUUUGCACAAUACGGCUAUGAUUGGGAUUACCCUCAGGAAUCGGACUAUAGACACAGGAUGCGACCCGACAAGCCCUACGAAACUCUGGGAAGCACGCAUUUAUCCAAUUCCUUCUAUAGAUGCGACUUUCCCAACAAAUUUCACAAGAGAUCAUACAAUUCACACGCGUCUGAUUACCAAAUCUAUGCCGUUGACAGACCAAACAACCCAGAGCGGAUGAAAUUCAGACAACCUUCCGGCUAUACGAAUACCGAUUAUAUGGAAGUUCCCCAUUAUAAUCGGCAUGACUGCUAUGCCGAUUAUAAGCCUCGUGCAAAAUAUUCGCCAGAAUACGAUUCAGAGUGGAUGUACAAUCCAAUACCAAACUUACGAAAUAAAUACUAUCCAGAGCCAACAUCAAAUUAUGACAACGAUUAUGAUGACAAUCGUGAGAUGCCUAGGUCGUCUUUCCGAAAGAAAUCUGUUGAGUUCCUUGGCGUAGAUUGCGAGAUACCAUAUAAUAUAUUAACCAGAAAAAAGAAUGUGUCGCGAAAGCAUAAACAAUGUCAUGAAUAUCCACAAAACUGUUCAGGUGUUGAUCUACUGUCUGUUGACAUUCCCUUUAAGGAAAGGAAGCAAAAACGUUUUCUAAACUAUGACUAUGAGCCGUAUCGUGACCGUCCAGAAUCAGGGUACGAUUACUAUGACCUUGCCAAGCCUGUGCAUCGAAAUAUUGAUUAUAAUUCGGAUUAUUUUGGCCCCAAUUGCAAAUGUCACAGAAAGAAACGAAAGUCCCUGAAAGAAAAAAUAUCUGGUCUCUUUAAAAUACCUAAGCCUAAGUAUGGAAUACAAUGUAAACCUCAGCAUCACUGUGGCGGUAGGGAGGAGCGUUCUGUUUCGAGUUUUAAUAACAUUUUAUCGUGUAAAGCCGGCAUGCACAGCUACAAGUCCGUAAGUAACGCAUCCCGUAUAAUUGUGAGCACCCACCAUCCGAGAGCUUGGCAUAGAAAACAGGUUUGCUACCCUACUUCGAAUAAGAAAACCAGAUGCAACGUUUAUCCAACUGUCUACAGAGUUAUGCGCGAAAAGGUAAAUAAUCCUGAGCUUGACUCUGCCAUGAAUGAUGAACUUAUUAUGAACAACAGUGAAUAUUGUAGGAGAACGGAGAAUAGAUUGCCACCCGAUCAGAUUUUAUAUCAGAAUACAGUUAUUGCUAAAGAGACGUGCUCUAGGGCCACUGCCAAAGCAGAUGCCAGUCAUAGCUGUAUUAGGUUUAACAAUCAGGAUGUCAACUCGGAUGCGGGCAACGAUCCAAAUGAUACAGAAGAAGAUCUAAGUGUUGCAAAUUCUGUGAUUGAAUGCACCAACAAUUGCUGUAAACAAAACCCUGAGGCCGAACCCGUUUCGAAACCAAAUAAUGAACCGGAAACCCCCUUUGCACCGAAACAGCCUUCCAACUGCAGCUUGAGCUCAUCAAGCAUUAAACAAUGCCGUAUUUCGGAGCCAAGAAGUUUGCCAUUUGAAAAUAAAGUCUCCUAUGCUCAGUUGCAUUCAGGACAACAAAAAUCCGUUCCGUCAGACCAUAAAGACAGCCAGCGUAACAUUAGCAAACCAACAAUACCAAAUCCUUCCAAUUCCAUAGAAAAAUUGACUUCGACUCCUCAAUUGCCUACGAAAAAAAUGCAUCCAGAAAACGACUAUGGUAGCGUUCGCAACUAUGCAGGUUACAUUUCGCCCAAUACUGGGUCUCAUACUCAAAACUACCUAAUGCCAAAGACCACACUUUCAACGUGUAUAAGCAUUAAUCCUAAUAGCAAUUCGCUUCACAAUAUAAUUGAAAACAAUUCUUCACUGAAUCUGGAGUCAGCACAGGCGAACGCGGUGCAUUGCCAGGUGCCAAAUGUUCCGACGAAAUUAGAGAAUGGGAACGUAGAACCGGUUCGAGUCAGUUCGAAGCCGCAAUUGGAAAGUCAGGAUGAAUGCUGCAAUUCGGCUCAACCUAAGGAUGCUUCUCCAUCAUAUCUGGAGGAACUGAAAAUGGAACUUUUAAGUGAAAUGGAAAACGAGCAUCGAUUGAAUGUUCAAUUACCAUAUCUAAAGCCGACGCCACAGAUUGUGAUAUUCCCUUGUUGUCCAAGCAAUCUAGCGUGCCCCGCUUACCCAACUAUAGCUUGCUACAUGAAUUGCUGGAAACCGCUGUAAAACCAAACUCAAAUAAUAUAUAAAUCUUCAGAAAAUAUAUAUUUAUAAAAAAGACAUAAA